GAGAUAAAAACAUUCAGAUGGCAGAUAACAGCUUUUCAGACGGGGCUCCUUCAGACUCCUUGGAAGCUGCUAAAGAUGCGAGUGCUGCAGGCUUCAGGGAAACGUAGCACGAUAAGAUGAAAAUCAGCACAUCGUCUAAGAAACGUUUUACAGGAAACUCAGACUCGGCAGCAGUAAAGUACCUACAGUCGCUGGGCGUCAGCGUUGAUUAACAAACGACCAGCCUCUUCUCAUCCGCGCCUUCUCUUCCGAUUGUUCUGAAGCAGAUCCCAGAUACCCAUUUCCCCAUAAAUUCAUGGAGAAGCUCACCGAUCAGGUGAUGCAGAACCCUCAGGUUCUGGCAGCCUUGCAGGAGCGGCUCGACAGUGUCUCCCACACUCCUUCCAGCUACAUCGAGACUUUACCUAAAGCCGUGAAAAGAAGAAUCAACGCAUUGAAACAACUCCAGGUGAAGUGCGCUCACAUAGAAGCCAAGUUCUACGAAGAGGUCCAUGACCUGGAGAGGAAGUACGCGGCGCUGUACCAGCCUCUCUUUGACAAGAGAAGGGAGUUCGUCACUGGUGACGUUGAGCCGACAGAUGCGGAAUCCGAGUGGCACAGCGAGAAUGAAGAGGAGGACAAACUGGCUGGAGACAUGAAAAGCAAAGUCGUCAUCGCAGAAAAAGAAGCCGAGGCAGCAGAGGAGCCCGCCCCCCGAGGGAUCCCCGAGUUCUGGUUCACCAUCUUCAGAAACGUGGACAUGCUGAGCGAGCUGGUCCAGGAAUAUGAUGAGCCGAUCUUGAAACACCUGCAGGAUAUCAAAGUGAAGUUUUCAGACCCUGGACAGCCUAUGUCUUUUGUGUUAGAGUUCCACUUUGAGCCCAACGACUACUUCACCAAUUCAGUCCUGACCAAAACGUACAAGAUGAAGUCCGAGCCGGAUAAGGCCGACCCCUUCUCCUUCGAAGGCCCUGAAAUAGUUGACUGUGAUGGGUGCACUAUUGACUGGAAGAAAGGAAAAAACGUUACCGUCAAAACGAUCAAGAAAAAGCAGAAACACAAGGGUCGAGGCACCGUCAGAACCAUCACCAAGCAAGUCCCCAAUGAUUCCUUUUUCAACUUCUUCAGUCCGCUGAAAGCGUCCGGGGAUGGAGAAUCGCUGGAUGAAGAUUCCGAGUUCACGCUGGCCUCCGACUUUGAGAUCGGACACUUCUUCCGUGAGCGGAUCGUCCCGAGGGCCGUGCUGUACUUCACGGGGGAGGCCAUAGAGGACGACGACAAUUUUGAAGAAGGUGAGGAAGGAGAAGAGGAGGAGCUGGAAGGCGACGAGGAGGGGGAGGAAGAGGACGAUGCCGACGCGAGCCUCAAGAAGGAGCCCAGCCAGCCCUCGGAGUGCAAGCAGCAGUGAGCAGCGACCUGUCGGCAGCGCCCACACCGACCUUGUUCAAGUGCAUGGUUUUCACUUCACUUCCUCUUUCCUUAUUAUUUUGCUUAACCUGUACAGCGGCCACUUACAUGCGUUUCAGGAGUAGGAGGUUUGAUCUAACCCGCACCCGCCGCGGCCUUGGGUGCAGCUCAGUAGACUUCCCCAGGCCCACCUUUGGGGGCCCGUAGACCACGCGGGGUGGGAAGGUCCCCGAGCCCAGGACACAAGUCGGGAGCAUCUGCUCCCAUCUCUCAUUUGGAGACACACCCGCUUCGUGCCCAGCCCCCUGGCCCUCUGUCUGUCUGGGCGGAGCCAGGGAGCGUCCGUGCUGCCGGGGGCUCUUACUUUGGUUUCUUUUCCUCGGGGUGGGGGUGGGUCGUGGCGCCCACCGUGCUGAGGGUCAGCGUGGGUGGUGCGUUCCCGUAUUUAUUUGUUCCUCUGCGCUGUGAGCCUCGGGUGCGUGCUGGCGCUGGUCCUCAGGUUUCUGAAACCAUGUUUGUGACUAGAGACCUGGGGAGGGGAUGGGGGAGGUGGUGGCGGCUCCUCUGGGAGCGAGGCCUGUGUGGGAGGAUGCGCUCCCUCCUGCCACUGCGGCUGGUGGCGCCACCAUCGACUCCUUGCUGUGGGGACCCCUCUUAGCCAGGCAGGGCCCUGUGCCCAUCUUCUGUGGGGAGGGCUGGGCGGGGCACAGGUGUGCUCGUGUGUAAGUGUCGCGUCUCCUUAGCUCCCAUUUCUCAGCCCCAGGUCCAUCGUGUCUUAAAGCCCUGGGUUCAGAGCGACCUGUUCUUGGCUGGCGUGUGGGGCUCCGAGUGUGUGACCGCGUUCCCUGGUCCCUGGUCCCUGGCAGCUGGCGACGGGCCCACGGCGGGCGCACGGACCAGGCCUGGGGAGUGCUCAGCCUUAUUACUUAGACACAUUUGUAACUGAAGAUGCUGUUUUCGAUUUGUACAGACUAGUUAGAGUAUCUAUUAAAGUGGUGAAACCUGA